CCGGUCAUCUUUGGCUAUAUCGUAUUUCGGUGACUAGAAUUGAUAUUUUCUAUCUGCAAUGGACGAGGCUCGUCGCAAAUAAAUACGCAUGCCUAACGCUAAACAAAGGCCAGCAAUGCAUUCGAAAAACAAAAAAAAAACUCAAAUCGCAACAAAGACAUCUCAAGAUUCAAUGUUGAACCAAAGACGUCAACAUUAUUUAUAACCUGGGAAAUUACCACGGCCAGGAGAUGUUGUUAUUCUUCAUAUGCUCCUCUCAAAGGGUCACCAGCAACCCAUAUCAGUUCGGCUGUCAUAGGCAGAUCAUUUCCUAGAAAUCUAUUUGAAAAACCAGCUACGAAAAGAAAAGACUUGAUCGGUAAGACUUGAUCGGUAUUCGUAGGAAGUUCUAUCUCAGAUAAAAUGUGCAUAUUCAAACGCACCAUCUUCACAGUCUGCUAUCAUUCACAAUGGUCCUCACAGCCAUUCCGACUCUGUAAGCAUCAGGAAUCACACAACGCAGGCCAGACUCCCGAGCCGUGCAAGCAGGCCAGAGGGCAUCCCCUCGCUACUGUUAAAGUUCAGAAGAAGUGCCCACAAUGUGAGGGUGCACAUCAGACCGUCGACGAGAAGCUGCAAAAGGCGAAAGACAUAAUUACUGAAAGCAAAAAGACGUUGGUCCGUGCCGAUGAGAGAUGUAGAGCCUUAUUGGGUGAUGCGGGUAUUGAUGCCAGCGGUGCUAAGGAUGAGGACGAGGUUGAGAUGGAAGGGCUGAAAGAGGAGAUAGAAGCUCUUGACGAUGAGUGGCCGCGGAAUUACACAGCAGGGGAAUUUCUGAAGAAUAGGAAGAAGGCAGAGAAGGCGAGUCUAUUCAUGGGAUAGAGCUGAGGAACACAAAGUAUAGUUCUUAAAGCAUUUGAG